AUGGCCUACCACGACACGACCCUGGAGAGCGAGCUGCUGGAGCCUUUUUCCUGUUUAUCUGUUAGCAGGGAUGACCGUAUGAUUAAAAGUGAGCUCCAGGACUCGGACACAAACCCGGGUUUGUUAUGUUUAAGCGACGAGGUGCUUAUUGUGAUUUUAGCUCCCCUGGAGCCGGUGUCUUUGUUGAGGCUCGGCAGCACCUGUUGCAGGUUGUUCCGGGUUUGUUCCUGUGACUCGCUGUGGACUCGCCACUUCCGGGACUCGUUUGGGGUAGGCCUGCCAAACAUCACUACAGCUGGUUACGCCGCCAAAACCGCCUUUCGUUUAGUGUUCAUGUGGCGAUCCCUUUUCCGAAACAUCCACUGUAACCGGUCCCUUCAGGAGAAGCUGUUCGCUGAAGUGCCGUUCCCUCCGCACCCGUACUGGACACAGUGGCUUGCAUUGGAGGAGCGAGUGCCUCUACCUGCUGCACGGCUACCAUGUGCUGAUGUGGAGAAGCUGUGGGGGAUGCCGAGGGAGCUGCUCACUGAGAAACUUCAAGAAAGGGAUAAUUGUGAGGGAAAGACUACACUCAGGGUGGAAUGGAGGGAGUUGUAUAACCUCGCUGUCACUCAUCAUGGCAGUACAGCGAUGCUCUUUCACUACGUUCUUGAGCAACACCAAAGCAGUGACCAUUCUGAACUGGAGUCGAUGUACCGCCAGUACACCCAGUGCCGGUUCCAGUGGCUCUUCACUUACUGGCUCUUUCGCCAGCCGGCUCCGCUAAACCGCCAGCUCAGAUCCAUAUACCUGCAGUGGAGGAAACACAGCAAGAAGAAGGUUUCCACAUGGGGAGAAACGGUGUGUGAUGUGAGAUACCUGGCAUCCCUACAUCCCAUCACCAGUGACUACUGGAGGGGCAGGCUGGCUCGGGGAGAUGAGAACAUUGGGAUUCAUACAGUGGGAAACUACUUCUCCAUGUGCAAAUCGCUCGUGGCCUGGAUCCUCGGCCGUGACUGGGGAAGACUGAAACGCAAAAAGGUUUAUGGGGACACUUUGGAUGGCGUGUACCUGCUGCUGAAGAGAGAGAUGCAGGAGAGGCUGGUGGAGCACGAGAGGUUCUGGCAGGUGGCCAAAGUGCAGAUGAGCAGAGUAUGUGCUCUGGAGGAGACAGCCAUGAACUACGUCAACUGGAAGAUGAUAGAGAUGCUUCCCUGUUACAAGCUGUAUUUGGUGUCUGGUAACGACGUGUACCUGCAGCACGUGCAGGAUUUCCUGAGCAGGAAGAAGAUGCUUUGUGAUUGGAUCUACCUGGAGGACAACACCUGGCUCCGAGAACUGCUCCCUGAUGAGCUCUUAACACUGCUGGAGUUUGACACGAAGAUCUCGCAAGGAAGUUUACAUGGUGCCUCUGCAAGCGCUCUGCUCAGUCGGCUGAUCUGGCUGUACCUGCACUCAGGUGAGCAGCUCUACAUGGAGGCAGUGAAACAGACGGUGCUGCAGUCCGUUCAUGCACGACUGGUCAUCUGCUCCAACAUCCUCUCAGCAGACCUCUGGCAGCUCUCCUCAGGUCAGUCUCCAUGA